AACACAUUCAGACUGAUUAAGGCAUCUACCUGACCUGAAAACGAGGUCAUUUUUAAUCCCUCUGUGCAAAAACAGUUGUUGUGGGAUCAGAGAAGCCCGUCAGGCAAACUUUUAUGUGCAUAAAAAUGGCUUCAAACCACGAAGUCAUGCUACAAAGAAAGGAAAUAGUACAAAAACAGCUUCUUAAAUACCCUUACUCUUGUAUUGUGUUAUACUGACAGGUGUUUCUAUUAUUUUGUCCAUCACAUUUAUAUCAAUGAGGGUAGGCUAAAUAACAGAAAGUGAAGGAAGAAUUUAUUGCAUUUAGACUGCAUUAGUUUCAGCUACGUGUACCUAAUAAACUGGCAUUUCUCAACCAGCCAUGUCAACAUGAAUCUAAAACAUGUCGUUUGUCUGUCGUUUGUGUGGGGUUAUAAUGGACAUAAUGGGUGGAGGCAGAAGUCUCAGGGGGGAUAUAUCAUGAGUAGGAAGAUAUAUUUUAUGAUUUAGGUGAACUGAGACUUUAAUCUGCCCAUAAUAUCCAGAAAAAGUUGAAUAAUUUUGCUUUAAUGACAUGUUUUUAGCAUAUUGAGAACAAACUAUUACAUUUCAGUAUGUAAACUGGACCACCAUAGAAUUGAAGCAGAUGCUCGUGAAUAAUUUUUUUUAAUAUGUUGUGUGUUUUUUUGCCAAAUAUAAAUCAAACAGCUGACGGCGUCCAGCAGAGACCAGAUGUUUGAAUGUUUUAAUCUGUAAUUUGAGUAAUUGUGUGUUGGUGCUACAGCAGGAACCAGUGAGAAUGAAGGAUGUGAGUCUUCUGUAUCUUGAUCUCUGUCUUUUCUUCUGCAGCUGUUUUAAGAGAAAGUCUUGAGAUGGUUGAUUGAGAUGAUACGAGAACAUCUUUUAAAUCUAUUUUUUCCCCCAGUGGAGGUGUUUGAACAUGUCCCUCUGCCUUUGAGUGACUCUGUUGUCUCACAGCUGCGCGACCACCACCAGCGCGUCGGGCUGCUGCCGCCGCCCUGUGCGUCCUCCCCUCGAGCAAAAAGCCCAAGAGCGGCGAUCCGCAGCCACUGGGACACCCUGAGGCGUCUGACCCAGCAGAGGCUCCACCGAGGCGCUGCGUUCGGGCUCCAGAGCCCUGCUGCUGCUGCUGGGAAGGAUCCGUCGUGGUGUGGCGUUCGCAGAGGCAGCUACCCGCCGAGUGAGGCGAUGUGUCCCGCAGCAGCUCGUCCGUACACGCCACCGCGCUAUAAACCGAGCUGUCAGAUGAGCCGGUGUAGAGUUUGUUGCUCUGACCUGCUCUGGGAGCAGAACCGCUCUGCGCCGUCGGUCUACGGCUCCGUUCUGAUCGACAACAUCAUCGAAGAGCUGGACAGUGAAGAUGAAGCAGGAGAGUCCAGCAGCGCCCCGUCUCCAGUCCCCACAGCCCGGCGGUGGACUAUGUCCCCCCCGUUUCGUCCCUACUACUCCAACACAGACGACUACCUCCAGUCCAGCCUGCCUCCCAGGCUUCAAAGAAGCCAAAGCCCUCGCAUCCGCACGGCUCCCCCGAGCCCCAUGCGCCCCCGCCGCAUGGUGGACUUGCCCCCGGUGCGCCCCGUGGAGCUCGCCAAGCAGGAGAGUCUGGAUGAGCUGAGGACGACGGUGCAGCUGGCCGCCUGCUCCAUGGAGAACAGCACCAAGGACAUCAAGCUCCUCGGGGAGAAGAUGGCAGCCACGACUGAGCGCAUGUCGGAGACGGUGCAGGACAACUCCCAGGCCUUGGCGCUCCUCACUCAGGUGGUGGACCGGCUGCAGACGCUCCUCGCCGCCACCAGGACGGAGAUCAGCACCCUGAAACCUGCCGUGCAAGACGGCACACCCAAGAAAAGCCCGAAGCGUCCGUCCCUGACGCACCAAUCCAGAUGUUCCUUCCCCUCGCUCCCUUCGACCUCCUCCAGCUCCCUCAGCAGCUCCAUGGAUGCUCCCUCCACCUCUCAUGGGACCAGUUGUCUGUCCACUUCCUGUCACGGGUCACCACGGACCACCCUGAGAACCAAGGACACCCUGAAAACAAAGAACACCCCUUCACCCCAGAAGAAGCACCUCCUGACCAACGGCCUGCUGGAUGAGCCCAAGGAGACGCACACUGUCCACGCUGUGAAAGGAGGUCGCUCCAACCAGCGGAAGAAGAGGAGGAAGAAGACAUGAGAGACGCAGAAGAGUGUCCAAAGAGUGGACUUCUUGGGUCCUUUCAAGUCGUCUCCGCAGAGUGGCUCACCUGCGAACGCGCACGUUGGUAGCUGACCUUUAUUACGCACGUUUUGUUGCAUUUCUCGUCGUUGUCACGUCGUGUUGUGGACCAUUUCAUCAUCUCAGGAUCUUCAUCAGCGUUCCUUUGUGUCAUGACCUUCCAUGACCUUCCUCCAGUGUUUACAUCCUGUCACCACUUUCAUGUGUCUUCAUUCGUGUGAUUCGAUUUGUCCUCUAGUCUCUCCACGUUACAGCAGCUUUAUUUAUUCUCAUCUUUUCUG